GCUCCUGUCAUUGACUGGGGUGGUGGACAGAAAGGCCAAAUGAUCCAGUGAAACGGGGCGACGAGUCCAGCACAGCAUGGACGGCUGCCCGCCAUAGUUAGUGCAGCUUUUAUUUUUUUAUUCUAUUUUUUUACAGUCUCGCCUUUUUAUCCGCUGAAAGUUUAUCUUCUUUUUUUCUUUGUUUUUUCGCUGCUGUGAAAAAACAGACGACAAUGGAUCGAGUGAAAAGCUCCAUGCAGCAAGUACCCAACGCUAUCCCCAAAGUGAUCCGACGGACUGGAGGGGCCAACAGCCUGGAGCUGGAGAAGGAAAACUUUGAGAGAGGGCAGGCUGUCAGCAUCAAUAAGGCCAUCAACACACAGGAGGUCGCUGUCAAAGAGAAGCAUGCCAGGACUUGCAUCUUGGGGACCCAUCAUGAGAAAGGCGCCCACACCUUUUGGGCAGCGGUCAACCGGCUUCCUCUCUCCAGCAACGCGGUGCUCUGCUGGAAGUUCUGCCAUGUCUUCCACAAGCUGCUGCGAGACGGCCAUCCAAGCGUGAUAAAAGACUCCAUGAGGAACAAGGCUGAUUUAACAGAUAUGAGCAGGAUGUGGGGUCACCUGAGUGAAGGCUAUGGGAAGCUGUGCAGCAUCUACCUCAAACUGCUCAUCACCAAAAUGGAGUUUCACAUCAAAAACCCUCGUUUCCCCGGCAACCUGCAGAUGUCAAACAGACAGCUUGACGAGGCGGGAGAGAAUGACGUUAACAACUUCUUCCAGCUGACAGUGGAGAUGUUUGACUACCUGGAGUGUGAGCUGAACCUCUUCUUGGGUGUAUUCAGCUCUCUAGACAUGUCACGGUCGGUGUCGGUGACAGCGGCGGGCCAGUGUCGCCUGGCCCCCCUCAUACAAGUCAUCCUGGACAGUAGCCACCUGUAUGACUACACCGUCAAGCUGCUGUUUAAGCUGCAUUCCUGCCUUCCAGCAGACACUCUCCAGGGCCACAGAGAUCGCUUCCAGGAACAGUUUAAGAAGUUAAAGAGUCUGUUUUAUCGCUCCAGUAACUUGCAGUAUUUCAAGAGGCUGAUUCAGAUCCCACAGUUGCCUGAGAACCCUCCCAACUUCCUGCGUGCGUCGGCUCUGUCGGAGCACAUCAGCCCUGUGGUCGUGAUCCCCGCCGAGUCGUCGUCCCCGGAGUCGGAGCAUGUGGUGGAGACAGAUGACCUGGUGGACACGGACGUCCCUGUGCUGCCGGCUGCUUUGGAGACCAAGUUUGACGACCUGUUUGGUACCUCAGCUGCUAUAGACCCCUUCAACUUCAACAGUCAGAACGGCAUGCGGAAAGACGACAAAGACCGUCUGAUUGAACAGCUGACGAGGGAAAUCCAGGCCCUCAAAGAAGAGCUGGAGUCUUUCAGACUGGAGAGUGGUCGCUUGUGUCAGGCGCUGAGGGGGCGUGUCAACGAGCUGGAGGCGGAGCUUGCAGAGCAGAGCCACCUGAGGCUGCAGGCUGCAGGGGAGAGCGAGUUCCUGAAGGCAGAGCUGGACGACCUGCGGAGGGUCAGAGAGGACACGGAGAAGGAGCAGCGGAGCCUGACGGAGAUAGAGAAAAAAGCUCAGGCCAAUGAGCAGCGCUACACCAAACUGAAGGAGAAGUACACAGAGCUUGUUCAAAGUCACGCAGACCUGCUGAGGAAGAACGCAGAGGUGACCAGGCAGAUGACGGUGGCUCGGGCGGCACAGGAUGAAGUGGAUGCAGUGAGGAGAGAGAUGCAAGAGAAGGUGAAGGCCGCUCAGGAGGCUGCAGACAGACAAGAGAGGGAACAGCUGGAUCAGCUUCAGGAACUCCAGAGAGAGCUGGUGUCCAGCAGGGUGGAACUGGACUCCCUGAAGACCACCAUGGCUUCGUCACAACAGUCCAGUGAGGUGCUCAGCACGCAGCUAGUCGCCCUGGAGUCUGAGAAGGCAGAGCUGGUGCAGUCCAUGUCGAAGGUGGAGGCGGAGCUGGCUGUCCGGGGGGAGGAGCUAGAACGAGUCCAAGCGUCACUGGCAACUGAAAGGGAGAGUGGGGUGAAGACAGCAGAAGCCCUGCAGAAUCAGCUCAAUGAGAAGGAGAGUAGGGAGCAGGCGUUGGAGAGCCAGCUGGUAGCAGCUCGAUGGUCCAGUCUGCAGGGAGCUGUGGAGGAGGCGGAGAAGAUCAUCCAGGACUCUCUGGCUCAGAUAGAUGACCCAGCACACAUCAGCUGCACCAGCUCCGCGGACUACCUAGCAUCCAGAUGUCAGGCCUCUUUAGACUGUAUGGACCGACUCACCUCUACCAGAGAAACCUUCCUGGCCGACAACACAGGUGUAUCUGAGCUGGUGCGAGUGGUCACCCAGUGCGGCCACCUGGUGGGCGACACCAUCGUUCAGGGUAGUGCCACCUCCCACAUGGUGCCUGUGGAGCAAGCUGAUGCCCUGUCAGAGAGUGUGAAGUCGUGCGGGGCCGAAGCUCUGGCUCUGCUGGGCCAGAUGAAGCAGCAGGAUAGCCUGGCUGCAGCAGACAACAGCAAGCUGAAGGCAGCUCUGGAGGCCAUCCUGGCAACUGCAGAGAAACUGCGUCCUCGGGGUUUGGAGCUACAGCAGGGGGAACUGGGAGAUCUUGUGGAGCAGGAAAUGGCUGCCACUUCUGCUGCUGUGGAAUCGGCAGCUGCCAGGAUAGAGGAAAUGCUUAACAAGUCUCGUGCAGUUGAUACAGGAAUCAAGAUGGAGGUCAAUGAGAGGAUUUUGGCCUCCUGCACGGAGCUGAUGCAGGCGAUCAAGGAGCUCAUUCUGUCUUCCAAAACUCUGCAAAGGGACAUCGUGGAGAGCGGCAGGGGGGCAGCCUCCAUGAAGGAAUUUUAUGCCAAGAACUCCCGCUGGACUGAGGGCCUGAUCUCUGCCUCCAAAGCAGUGGGAUGGGGCGCCACGGUCAUGGUAGAUGCCGCUGAUCUGGUGGUGCAGGGCAAAGGGAAGUUUGAGGAGUUGAUGGUGUGUUCUCAUGAAAUAGCUGCCAGCACAGCACAGCUAGUGGCUGCCUCUAAGGUUAAAGCAGAUAAAGACAGCACCAACCUGCACCGUCUGCAGCACGCGUCCCGCGGCGUCACACAGGCCACCGCAGCUGUCGUGGCCUCCACCAAGUCUGGGAAGUCCCAAAUUGAAGAGACGGAUACGAUGGACUUCUCCAGCAUGACUCUCACCCAGAUCAAACGGCAAGAGAUGGAUGCACAGGUUCUGGUCCUGGAGCUGGAGACCCGUCUGCAGAAGGAGCGCGAGCGUCUCGGCGAGCUGAGGAAGAAACAUUACGAGCUGGCUGGGGUAGCAGAAGGCUGGGGCGAGGGAGAAGAGGGCACAGGUUGAGACCCUGCCUCCUCCGUCAUCCCCCUCCUCUACCAGAAAACCGGCUUCUGUCUGCCUCUUUCUAUUUAUACACACACUUUUCAGUCUCUUUCUCCCUUGUUUUCUUCUCUCUCUUUUUUUUUUGUUUGUUAUCUAAGCCAAAUUAAAAGGUGCUUCUUUUCUAAACCUGCUUCUUCACCCGCGUCCGUAAUCUUCCAAUCUUCCAUAGAGGACAGCACCAAGGGCUCAGCGCCGGGAGAGGGGCGUCAAAAGGAGGAACUAAUGGAUGUAAGGAAGAAAAGACACUGCCUGACUUCACAGCCUCACACCCCCUCUUUGCCUCUCCCCCAGGACUGUGUUGGUGCGAAGCAGUCGUGAAGGGAAGUGGAUCCGAGUAUUUACUGUCUUUUUUUCUUCUCCCCGGUUUUUAAUAACGGCGCUCCAUCGAGGGAGGGUUCACAGCAGGGACGCUACAAGCACAAGUUCUACUCAAAACAUCCCAGGAUGCAUUGCACAAGCUCUCAGCAGCAAGAGGGGGAGAUCAGUGACUGUCUGGCCCAAAAUCAUGUCUCUGUGUAACAUAGAUGGCAUGCAUGCUCCCCUACUAAACGUUUGUCCCACGUUGUGAGCGUAUAAAGCUGUUAGAGCACGAGAUGCUCUUUAUCUCUCUUUAUUUUCCUCCCUACUUUCUUCCCCUGCUUUUUUCACUGUGAGUUAUCACCUUAUUAAGUCCAUACCACUUCACUGGCUGGUUCACUGGACUUUCUGCCUUUCACCUCCCCACCAUUAUAAUGACCUGUGACUGUUAACUUGAGCCGACCCCUUCUUUUUUGUUUCUUUUUUUUUAACAGAAGUUUGCAUGGAAACUUUUAAAAACCGCUUCAGACUGUCAGCGCGCGGAGGAGUCGGGGAGUCGUUUUCUCUUAACAGUCUUCUCCCUCUGAGCUUUUGAGACUCCCAACUACCUCAUGCUACAUCAUCAGAGGUAGCGGUGCAUCAUGGGUAGGUCUGAUGAGGGAGAACCAUUGCCCAAACACUAAUGACACAGGGUCAUUUUUGUCUUUUCCCCUUUUUAUUGGUUAAAGGAAGGAAAGAGGGUUGUGGGAAGAAAACCUCUUUUUAUACAGAAAAAAAGAAACAACACUUUUGGGUCUGCUAAUUUGUUUCCUAAGGCAGCAACAGUUGCUAAGGAAGUCUGGCAGAAAAGUUGUCAAAUAAAGUUUGAUUCAUUGGUGCAUAUUUUUUUUUUUUUUUUUUUUUUAUAAUACAAGUGUCAGUGGUCAAGCAGCACUACAGCAGAUCUGUCACAGAAGCAGAUUCCGAAGCAGCUUUGGAUCCAGUCACAUAAUGAACUGCUAAAGGUGUUGUCUUCUGUCUUCUGUCGGCUGUCCAAGACGUUAGCUCGGUUAUUUCCUGAAGAUGUAAUGACUCUGCCAGCGGGACGACUGCCUGCUUGCUACAGAAGCAACAAAAGGAAGUGCUGAAGGGUUUUAGAUCAAACUUGAAUGUUUAGUGUUCAGUUUUGGAAAGCUUAAGGCUGCACAAAUCCUUUUAUUCGUGUUUUAAGAUUUAUCUGGUAUAUCACAUGAUCCUGCCUCUUCAAGUAACCUACAGGACUGAUGGUGGACUGCAGUUUUCUAAACCCUUCACUAACAGUCUGCAUUGCCAGGACCACAGUGGACUCUGAAGUAUGCAGUAUACAGACUGCAGUGUUUUCCAUAGCUUCCUCAAGACCAAGUAGCUGUGUAUAUAUAAACUACAGGCCUUCAAUUGUUGGAAAUAAUCUUUUGCUUUCUUUUCAUCUACAAGCAUUUGAUAGCAUCCAUUUUUGCAUCUCUCUGAGUAAGGAUUCAGUUUAAUUGAAUUAAGGAUACAAAAUGAUGCACAUGAACGCCACACGAAACUAAUAUAAGUAAUUUUUUUUCCGUAAGAGGUUGUUAUUUAACAGAAUUUCCAACUGAGACUGAACUUGUUGCUAGUGGACUCUGUGAGAAGACUGAUCAUGCCUUGAGAUGAGAAGGCCUCCGUUUCGAACCCCAACACCGUAUUCCUUUUUUCCCUUUGUUGAUGGCAACGAUGAUUCUCCUGGAGUUUGUCUUUCUCUGUGUCUUAACAUACUUAGUUUUGACGCUCCGCUUCAGCUAUGUAUCUACAAAGUUGUGACGCUGGUUUAUUUAACAGACACUGGUCAAAUUUGUAUUUGCUUAUUAUUCUUUAAAAAAACUAGUUUUAAGUCACUUGGGAGAAGCAGAUGGGUGAGUCAAAAGACAGAAAAGCGUUAUUUUAAUCAGAAUUUGACAUCAUUUUCCAAUUUGACACCACCCAUCUGCUGCUACUACAAACAGCAAGCAUUAUUUGCAGUACUGUUGGACCAGGUCUUUGUAUUUAAUAAUGAUUUUAGGUGUGUUCUGUCACUUCCACACCUGGGCAAAACGUUGGCUGAUUUAAUUUGAAAUUGGAAUAUGAAACAAAAGAAAAUACCAUCAAAGAAGGAUUUUUAUGGUAUUUCAAGUGUCUUUAAAGAUGAAUUGAAUGCAUCUUGAGUGAUGUUUGGUUGUACUUUUGCCCAAAUAUUCUUUAUUAACCUCUCUCUCUCUCUCUCUCUCUCUCUCUCUCUCUCUCUCUCUCUCUCUCUCUCUCUCUCUCUCUCGGGUCGUUGUUUGUAGUCCUACCAGCUCAGCCAGCCUUUCAAACUGCCUCACACUGUAGUCAAAGAGAAACAAAUACUCACAUAGCAACAUUGAAAUAUGUCUUUGUAUGAUAUACUAAAACUAUGUUGGUGGGUGUGUUUUUAUUUUUUCAGUUUUUAAAAUAAAUAUUUCAACUUGUUAAUACAGA